GCGACGUCGUGUUUUGUUUGCCAAUAGCUUUCCUCCACUGCGUAUUGAUUCAUAGGGCAUAUUUGUGGUCGUUGCGCUUCCAUAUAUGUGUUGGCUGCUUUCCCGCCACCCGUAAUUUACCAAGAAGAUGACAUAAUCACUACUAACACUCACAAAAGACAAGUUCUGGUAGAAUAUUUUUUUUUUACAUUUCUACAAAGCACUGAGUUUCAGCCUAGUCAAGUCGCAUGCUGUGUCUUAAUUGCAUGCCAUUUAUGUGCAACCAAAAGAAAAUAAGGAACAAAAGUUUACAAUGUUGACCGGCCUAACCUCUUUGCAUUGUAACUGUUAAAGAACCAACGUCAUGAAACUACAGUUGAAGGAAGACGAUAAAAAUGUUGUGCAUUCUGAACAAAGUGUAAUUAUUAUGGAACUGAAUGCACCAAAAUAUAAGCAAGAAUUGCAAACGAUACAUUUAAAGGAAACCAUGGAAACUAAGCAGGAGAUUAAUGAGCCAGUGCAACCUCCACGGAGACGGCGGCAUAAACAUCACCGCAGUGAUGAAUAUCCAAUGUACAAUAAAGACGGUUCACGAAGUAUUCUUGCGCAGUUGCUUCAGGAUGAAGAGGCUAAAAGUGGCAAAAGAGGACAACUUUCAACGACUCCAAUGUCGAAAAGUAUGGAUAAUUUACAUUUAUGCAAACACAGCAGCGUUGGAAUGCCAGUAUUAAAGUCAAUUGACUUCUCCAAAAGCAUGUCACAGGAGAACAUCAGGGGGCCAUUUCCAAAUGAACUAUCGAAAAGUACAAAAGCGUCAUCCAGGCAACUUGGUCGUACAGGUAGUAUGAGUCCUCAACAUAGCAUUGCUAUAAACCGUAGGAGUUACAUUGAACAGGAAAUUGUUGCUAGGACAACAGACUUGGAUAUCUCUGGUUCUGAUGAUCAGAGGCCUCCACCUCCGGAUUAUCCUGGCCAUUCACACAUCACCACUCAUCAACCGGUUGGACAAGAGAUUGCUGCAUCAUCACUUAAUGCUGAUGUGGGAUGUUCAAAUUCUGAUUCAAAAGAGAACAUUUCUGGAGUUACAGGGUCAAUGCAUGGAAGUCUGCCAACAAAAGAUGAAAUUGAUGAUAGCUGUAGUGAGAGUUCAAGUGAUUCGGGUGAGAAGUCAUGGCUACAAUUAGACCACCAAGCAAUAGCGGAAAGAGCAACUCAGAUGGUGGAAAUCUUAUCUGAUGAGAACGCUGCUCUUCGACAGGAAGUAGAAAGUUACUACCAAAAAGUCAGCAAAUUACAAAAGUUUGAACAAGAUAUUGAAAAAGUACAAAAUUCUUACGAGUAUCUUGUGAAGUCCACUGCCAAACGUGAAUAUCUUGAAAAGAUGAUGAGAUCCAAACUUGAGUUAGAGUUCAAGCUGACACAAGAAAAAAACAAAGAACUUGAAGCACAAGUUGAAAGUCUGAAGGCACAUUUACAUCACCAAGAAUCACCUCUGAUUGCUGAAAAUGAACAAUUAAAAGCGGAACUAAGAAAAAGAGACGAAAUCUAUAGGCACUUGAUGAAUCAACAUACAGAAGAUAGAUCCAAUAAAAGCAGAGUUGAAGUUGAGUUGGCAGCUCAGAGGGCGACGUUAUCCGAACAGAGGACUCAUAUAGAUGUAUUAGACACUGCGCUCUCCAAUGCACAAGCUAAUGUAGUCAGAUUGCAGGAAGAGUGCCAAAGAAAACAAGUUUACGUUGACAAAGUAGAGAAGCUUCAGCAAGCCUUGGUGGCCAUUCAGAAUGCUUCUGACAAAAGAGAACAAUUAGAAAGAAAAGUCAGAUUGAAACUUGAAAAAGAACUUGAUGGUCUCAAAGCACAUCAGCGUGCUGUUGCUAGUCAAGAACACGAUGAAGGUGUAUCACUGGAUUCACCGAACAACUCACAAACCCUAAUGGAACUAGUUAAAGAACGUGAUGAAAAGAUAUUAUUCUUAGAAGCAGAAGUUACUAAGUGGGAACAGAGGUAUCUUCAAGAAGUUGCAUUGAAGCAAUGUAUUGAUCCAAGACUCAGUCCAAGAUCCUUGUCUGCUGAAAGGAAUGCUGACGAAGGUGAAAGAAAAUUCAUGAAUGAAAAAGUUAAACACAUGGAGGAAUUAUUAGCAAUUAAUAAAAGAUGUACUGAACUAGAUUCACAUGUAAAAUCCUUGACAAAAGACUUGAAUGAAAAGCAAGCAUUGAUAUCAGUCUUGCAGCAUCAGUCUCUUGAAAAAGACCAAGCACUUGCUUCCCUGGAUAGAUUAUUGCGAGGAACAGCGUCACCACAUGGAUCAUCACAAAACAUUGCCCAGGGCUCUUGGCAGCACGUUCCACAGGGUUCAUCACUUCAGAAUGUAUAUCAAGGAUACCAAGUGACCAUGACACACGAAUCGCUCCCAAGUGUGUCCCAAGCAUCGUCACAGAGUACAUCCCAUGGGUCACUACAGAAUGUUUACUUAUCUCACGGAUCUCUACAGAAUGUAUCACCGGGAUCACAACAGAAACACUACAUUUACUUUGAAGCCAGUUGGCAAGGGUUUAGGUUCACAGGAAGUGAUGAUGGGAUUCAGUAAUUCGUAUUCUUCGUUGAAUAGUUCAAAUCCAAUGUUAACAAUAGAUGUGUCCAGUGACAACAGUCUUGAUAAAAUGAGGGAUGACAGAAUCAAGGAACUUGACAGGGAAUUGGCUCAACAGGAUUCAAUUCUGCAGACUUUGCCUGUUCCUUCCGAGGGUGGACAUUUCUGGAAAAUGUAAACAUGGCUGAACUGAAGACUGUUUCAAAGAUCGCCAGUAAACAGCUCUUUCCAACUGACUACUCGUAAUGAUGACUUCAAGCUGUUGUUGUAUGCUUGACAAGCUAUAUUGCUACACAUAGAGACAGAAGAGCGUUAACACUGCGUGUGAUUCAUGGUCAAUAUUAUGCUGACUGCAUUGUUUAUGUUUACAAACUGAGCAAUAAUAUGCUUACAAAUUUAUGUAUGCUUACAUAGUUGCAAACUGGUCAAUAGUACACUGACAACAAUGUGCAUACAUGCUUACAGACUGGUCAAUAGUACACUGACAACAAUGUGCAUACAUGCUUACAGACUGGUAAAUAGUACACUGACAACAAUGUACAUAACCGCUUACAGAUUGGUCAAUAGUACACUGAUAACAAUAUGCAUGCAUGCUUACAGACUGGUCAAUAGUAUGCUUACAGAAUAAUAUAUGCUUACAUAGACAUAACUGGUCAGUAGUACACACAGAUAUCAAUGUGCAUGCUUACAGAAAGGUCAAUAGUACACUAACAGCAAUGUGCAUGUUUACAUUGAAAUGUACAAUGUAUUCAAAUAAGUAACUAUAACAAGGGCAUAUCCAAGCAUUCUUCAAGAGUAUGGUCUCCUUUCAAGCUGAUGCACUGUU